AUGCUACCACAGAGGAAGAAGCAACGCACUCUUUUCGACGUGGUUGACCUAGACUCCAACCGACCGAAGGAUCAGGCUCUGAUGAAUGCCUUCAUCUCGUCCUUUGAACCACUUCGCUUUCAACAUCUCUUGAUACGCUGGGUGGCAUGCGACAACAUACCAUUCCACAAACUGGAGAGUCCGUACUUUCGUGACCUUAUGGCUUACGCGAACAGCGCAAUUGCGGAUUCGGGCAGUAUUCCCACUCAUAGCACAAUACGCGACUGGAUUGUGCGCUCCUUCAAUUGUCACAAAGGUGUCGUGACGGAAUUGCUUCGUCGGUCGCUCAGCCGCAUCAACGUCUCCUUUGAUGCUUGGUCCUCCCGAAAAUUCACAUCUCUGCUCGGCCUUACCGUACACUUUAUUGAUGACGAAGGGAAGUUCCGUACGUUUCUCCUCGGCUUGCCACGGAUUGAAGGUCGCCACUGUGGAGAAAACCUGGCCGACCGUGUCAGCGAGAUAAUCCACGAGUAUGGGUUCGAGGAUCGCGUUGGAUAUUUUGUCACAGACAAUGCGGAGAGCAACGACACGUGCCUUGAAGACUUGGGCGCUGAGUUGGGGUUCAACAAGCAGCAUCGUCGGCUCCGUUGCUGCGGCCACAUCAUCAACCUCGUCGCCCGAUCCAUCCUUUUCGGCACGGACGCCGACGCGUUCGAAGAGGAUUGCCAAGGCCCCAUCGGCAAGUUGCACAAUAUCGUUCACUGGGUGGAAAGGUCUGGGCAGCGCAUUGAAAGGCUCCACAUGCUCCAAUCCAUCGAGAACACCGCCCUGGGCCUCGAAGACAAAACAACCUACGAUGUGGUCAUGGACAACGCUACUCGCUGGAACUCGUCCGAAGCGAUGAUGGAGCGGGGCUACAUGCUUCGCAAUGCACUCGAUUCGCUGUGCCGCAAGAAGCCUACAAUUGUGGACGACCAGAUGGUCACUGAGGACUGGUCCGUUAUUGCAGAGUAUUUGGCGAUCCUGAAACCAUUGAAGAUCGCGACAAAGCGCCUAGAGGGCCAGCCACGACAAGGCAAAUUCGGCGCGAUUUGGGAAGUUUUGCUCACAAUGGGUGGCUUCUGA